CGUCAGUUUUUCUGUCUCGCAUGACGUCGCAUCCCUUUUCGUUUUUUCUGCGGGAAUAACUUUUGAUUCUCACAUCAGUUAUUUUCGUAUUGUGGUAGAAACUGCUCUAGUAAAAUUUGAUUGAUUGAUUUAGCAUUUUCCUCAGCUGUUAGGCCUUCAUGGUCGAUUAUUUUUUAAUGAUCGUGAAUUGUUACAAAUUGUAGCAUACUUCUCGCAACCAUGGAGGUUCAUGUUUUGGCAAUCACUUGUAUAGUUUGUCACUUUUCGAUAUACUCCGACUCGUUUUGACAUUUAGCCGUUCGUUUAUCGUAUCCCGUUUUGGUUGUCGUACAUCUCGUUCCGGAUUAUUUACACUGAGUGCGAUACACACCCUGUGCCACACGAUCCGUGAUCCAGUUCCACCAUGUUCCGCUCCUCGUCUAUCCUGUACGCCAUGUCCGCCACCGUCCGCGCCGUCAAGCGCUCCAAAGGCUUCCCGAUGCGUGCAGCCCUGACCAUUGCCCCCGCUGCGGUCGAGCGCGUCCGCCAGCUGCUCAAAGAACGACCCGACGCUGUGGCGCUGAAGAUCAGCGUGAAGCAGCGCGGCUGUAAUGGCCUCUCGUACACACUGGACUACGCCACCGAGAAGGGGAAAAUGGAUGAGGAGGUGGUGGAGGACGAUGUCCGGAUCUUCAUCGAUAAGAAGGCCCAGCUGACAUUGCUGGGCACGGAAAUGGACUAUGUGCAGUCUAAGCUCAGCGCUGAGUUUGUCUUCAAUAAUCCCAAUAUUAAGGGUACGUGUGGUUGUGGGGAGAGUUUUAACGUAUAAUCAGUAAUAAUCUGUUGCUGCACUGUUGUGGUUUGUUGGACAAGUAUUUUGAUGCACUCAUUUUAACUACUUCUACGUAUUUAUUGCGAUUGUGUUACGGUUUUUGUUUUGGUUGCGAUUACAACUGUAGUGAAAUCUCUGUGAUGGAAAAUAACAACACAAAAUAAUAUGAAAAUACUGGAAUAAAAAGGGUGCUUGUCGCCAUUGUUUCA